AUGGCAGCGGCGUUUUCGGGGAGCGGCGGUUCGCGGCAGGGCGCGGCGCCCACGGCCUCCUUCCCGGCGCUGCUGCUGCUGCUGGCGGUCCUUUCGUCCCUGCUCCAGGUUUCGGCUGUGGAGGUAUACACGCCGCAAGACUUUGUUGUGGAGAAUGGGACUGAAGCAAAGCUUCCAUGCACUUUUACUUCCACAGAAGUGAUCAGCAGUUUAGCUUCUGUCGCCUGGAGUUUCCAAGGCGAGGGAUCAUCAUCUCUUGUCUCGUUCUUCUAUUAUUCCAAUGGAAAAGCAUAUCGUGCGAAGAGUACACAAUUUGGUGACAGAAGCAGCUGGGCUGGAGACCUUAACAGAAAAGAUGCAUCAAUCACUAUAGCAAACAUGCAAUUUCAGGACAAUGGAACCUAUAUCUGUGAUGUUAAAAACCCUCCAGAUAUAAAUAUUACACCCGGAAAAAUCAAAGUCAGGGUUAUGGAAAAAG